GGGUACUAUUUUUUAAAUCAAUAAAUGAACAUAAACUUAACGAAUUCUUUUGCAAGCUUGAACUUGAAACAAUAUCAAUUUAAUUUCGUGUCAAACUUUAAAUCAUCUGUUGAUAAACUAGUUUAUGCCAUCUACGAGGUAGAAAGUGCGUAAUUAUACAAAUUUAUUUUUAUGUUAUUUACAAAGUAAUAUAAUUAAUAAUAGUUAUAGUUCUCUCCAACAGACAGUGCUCCUAAAGCUUUUCAGUGGAAGGCCCGGCAGAAAUGUAUCCACAUAUUCAGUAGGGACUUGAAACUACAUUAUUUAGUGUGUAUUUACAAAAUGAAUUUUUUUUUUUUUUUUUUUUUUUUUGCAGCAAAUGUUGUAACUAGCCUGAUCAAGUGAGUGACCCAGAGUCCUAUUUCUAGAAUCCAAAAAUUUUUUUUUUUUUUUUUUACAAAAUGAAUUUUUUUUUUUUUUUUUUUUUUUGCAGCAAAUGUUGUAACUAGCCUGAUCAAGUGAGUGACCCAGAGUCCUAUUUCUAGAAUCCAAAAAGUAAGUAACACCAACCACCAUGAUCCCUCAAGAAAUGGAGCAAGUUGACAGAGGAAAACGCAAGUUGAUUCCCAAGUUACAAAAGUGGUGGUAAGCUUUUACUUUUAUGUAGUUACGCCACUUCCCAGAAGAAUUCCAAUCAUAUGAAGUUUUAUGCAUAGUGAAAAAUAAAAAUUAGAGGUAGAAGAAUGUAAUUAAAUUUUUAAAGUGAUGGGACACAUUUUAAAAAUUAAAGAAAAAUGUCAUUAAAUUUGCAUAUUUUGUUUUCAAAAUGUUUCUGCAGUCACUCCAACUCUCGUGUGGAGUUACUGAUCCCCCAUCGAGCGCCUCCCCAGGUGGCGAAUAGGGGAAAGCCCACCAGAUAUGGAGGGUACCAGGGAAAUAAAAUACCUGGGGAGGACCAAAAUCAGAACCUUCUGCCUUGUAGGAAGUGGAGGGAUCCACAAAGGCUAGGGAAACUUACCCAGAAACUAAGGCAGCUAUCCAGACAGCUGUAAGGGGCACCCCCCUCCCCCCCGACGGUUGUGCGCAGGGUUAACAACCCGGCCACGUAAAAAAAUCAACGUUACGAAAGCCAAUCAACAGAACAAAACCCAGACUGAUACCAAUGGAAAUGGAACUAUGCAUGGAUAUGGACAUGAUUUGUGGAUUGCGACUAGGAACAUAUUAAGCCUGUUUAGAGGAGGAGCCUUAGCCAACCUUGAAAAUCAGCUGGUCAAAUAUAAAAAUCUAUUGCUGCAUUGCAAGAAAUUCGAUGGAAAACUUCAGACAUCCUCAAAAUAAAAGAAUACACCAUAUUUUAUAGUGGUAACAACACCAACACACUAGGAACAGGAUUUGCCUUGAAAAAAAGAAGUGGUCAGUGCAGUCAUAGGCUUCAAACCAGAAAACGAAAGAUUGUGUUCUUUGCGUGUGCGAGGAAAAAUGCAAGAAUCCUUUUAUGAGACACUGGGAAAGAUCUACGAAGAGGCACCACGACAUGAUAUUAAAAUAGUGAUUGGAGACUUCAAUGCCAAAAUAGGAAAAGAAAAGGUGUUCAUGCCAACUAUUGGCAAGGAAAGUCUGCACGAAGAAUCCAAUGACAAUGGGAUCCGACUCAUAGACUUCGCGGUAGGAAAAGGGAUGUCAGUCAGCAGCACCAAGUUUCCGCACAAAAAUAGACAUAAAGCUCCGUGGAACUCACCAGAUGGAAUCACCCGAUCGAUCAUGUUUUAAUAGAUUGGCGACACGGAUCAGAUAUAUUAGAUGUGAGAAGCCUUAGAGGAGCAGAUGCGGACUCGGACCAUCUACUUGUAAGGGUGACAUAUAAACAGAGAAUAAGCUUAAUUCACAAUGGUCGUAAUCAAAGAGAGAAACGAUACGAUUAACAAAAGCUCACCAAAGACCCACUAACUGCAAAAGCUUACCAGAAUGAAGUAGAAGCACAUUUAGAAGCAUCGCAGGAGGAAAUAAGCAGGGAAAACAACAUAAAUGAUCAGUGGGGUAGGAUAAAAAAUGCCAUUAAAAGAUCAGCAGAAAAAGUAGUGGGAUUCCAGCAAACCAACAAUAGAGUAGGCUGGUUUGACAAUGAAUGCAGAGAGACUGUGGAAGAAAGAAACAUAGCACGAAAUGAUCAUAUUACAAAGGGAAACCAGAAAGACAACACAAACAUACAAGGAACCCAGAAGGUAUGCAACAAAAAUGUGUAGGAAGAAAAAGAAGGAAUGGGAAAAAGAUAAACUAAAUGAAAUAGAAGAUUUAUCAAGAGAGGGAAAUAUAAGAGGAAUGUACAUGAAGAUAAAAGAUGAAAAGAAUGUAUACCAAGUCAGACCGCAAAUGUGUGAGAGCCACAAUGGAGAAUUAAUCACGGAAAAUAGUCAAGUACUGGAGAGGUGGGCUGAAUAUUUUGAGGACAUACUGAAUGCAGACAGUAGACAAGAAGAAGAUUAUCAAAUCCCACAGGGAGGACCAGACCCUUUUAUACAAUACCCAACCCUAGAAGAAACCAAAGAGGUAAUUAAUUACAUGACAAAUCACAAAGCCCCCGGACAAGACCUUAUCACAGCAGAACGGAUUAAAUAUGGAGGAAAAGAACUACACAAUCAGAUACAUAAACUAAUAAAUAAAAUUUGGCAAGAAGAGAAAAUCCCACCAGAAUGGGAAACAGCAUUAAUAACCCCAAUACACAAGAAAGGCUCCAAACUUCAGUGCACAAACUACAGAGGAAUCUCCCUAUUAAAUGGUACAUACAAAAUACUGACGAAGCUUAUUGCCAAAAGACUACAACCUUACACUGGAGAAAUACUAGAUGAUUACCAAUGUGGAUUCAGGCCUAACAGAUCAACGACUGAUAAGAUUUUCACCAUCAGAUUCCUAUUAGAGAAAUGCUAUGAAUUUAAUAUACCUGUACAUCAACUCUAUGUGGACUAUAAAAUGGCCUAUGAAAAGCAUCAAAAGAAACUAUUUAUAUGAGACUCUGCAGGAGUUUGGGAUACCCAACAAACUGACAAGACUAAUACAUGUAACACUAAAUAACUCAAAAAGCAAAAUCAAGAUUCAAGGAGAAUAUUCAAGGGAAUUUCAGAUUUGACGAGGGCUAAGACAUUGAGACUCACCGUCUUGUAUGCUUUUAAACCUAACAUUAGCGAGAGUUAUGAGAAACAUAUACAUUGACCCUCGAGGAACGAUAACAGGAUGCUUUCUGGGGGAAACUCAAGACCCACAACCAAUGGGCACACUCUACAACCAACCACUUCAGUGUCUUGCAUAUGCUGGUGACAUAGCACUGCUAGGGAAAAGUAUUAAAGACAUAUCAAAAUCCUUUAUUGAAUUAGAAGACGCAUCACUACAAGCCGGGCUGGAAGUUAUCAACCAAAAAACAAAAUACAUGACCAUGAUAAGAGAAGAACAAACAGAUGAAGCAAUGAAAAUUAGAAACCAGACGUUUGAAAAAGUAAAUCAAUUCAAAUACCUAGGAUCUUUGUUAAAUGAAAGAAACGAAUUACUAACAGAAAUUAAGGAAAGAAUUUCAUCCGGAAACAGGGCAUACUUCAGUAGUCAGAAAAUACUCAAAUGUAAAAACACUACAAAAGAAACAAUGAAAACUAUUUAUAAAACUAUAAUCAGACGAGUUGUAACUAGGGGUCGCAAAACCAAAACCGGUAUUUUCGAUAUUGAAGUUUACAAAUACCGGAAUCCCGGUAUUUUCAAUAUUUAGAUAAUUUUUAGUCGUGAUUCGAGAUUACAGGUGAGGAUUUAUCAAUGAAAUAAAAAAUUUAAAUAUCACAUUUUCAUUUUUAAUAAGCUUUUAAACACGCGUUUAUCUUCAGACUUUAAUCAAAAGAACAAAAAUAAAACUCUUAACUUUUUUAAUUUCAAUAGUUUUAUUAAUCAAAUAUUAAAAUAAUUGGUGUUGUUUUAACAUUUGGUCAAAUUUAAAUAAUGAAAUCGUAACAAUGACAAAUUAUAAUGUUUGGUCACUUAACUUUGACCGCUAAUGGUUAAAAAAGUAACCUGAUGAAGAGAACACCCGCUCUGACUCCACAUUGGUCGGAGGAAUAGACCUUAGGCUAUCAUAAGCAAUUUCUACAUAUUUUCAUCUUGAACCGCCAUUCUCAAAUAAAGCCAUUUCUAUUUUUACCAUGUAUCAAUGUCUCCAAACGUUAGUCUGGAAGUAUUAUCCUGAGCCUGAAAUUUCUUUUGUUUUUCAAUCUCUAAUUGUCUCUUAAGCGGCAGUGUGUCUUCAAGUUCGUCAUGCUCAGAUCCAAGAUGUUCAAUUUCAUUGUUCGUAGAUAUUUCCAACGAUGAAUCCCCUGUCCGACCAAGCUUUUGAAUAUACGCGAUAUACUUUCGUAUCUGGUCGCAAUCUGGCCUUAGAAAUACAUCCAAGUAGUCACUGGAAUGUGCAGACUUUAAAUGGGAGUGUAGGCCUGAAGUUGUACCUCCCAAUGUUUUAAGUAUCUUGUUACAUCUAAUACAUGUAGCUGAGAGAUUGUCCGUAGCUUUCAAGAAAUGAUGCCAAACUGAUUUCUUUGUUUCAGACAGUUUCAUAUGCUUUUCAAAUUUAGGUUUAUUUUUUCAGGGUCCCCCAUUUCUUUCUAUCAACAUGGGAAAAUAAAUCAUUAACAAAAAAUUAUUAAUUCAAUCGAAUUGGUUUGACGUGUAAAGUUUUUUUUUUAAAUGUUUAAAUUGUCAUGUAACUUUUGGCUAAGUGGGACAUUCCGUCAUGUAAAUUUUGGCUAGGUACGGUAUAGACAAACUGGGAAAUUCAACUUGAGACAAAAUAGCUCGAAAAUUAAUUAUGAGUUGAAUUUAAAUAAUUAAUAUUGUUAUCACAAAGUAGAAGUAACAUAAUUUUCUGUGUCUUAAACUUAAGGUACCCCAGUAUUUGAUUAUCAAAAUACGGAUUUACUCAUAUUUUUAAAUAUGUAGGUCUUUUGGCAUAAUUGAAAGAAAUCAAGCACUCAAAACAAAUGUAAUUAAAAUUUGACCCCGUGAUUUGAGUGCAACAUGUUAUUAUUUCCAAACAAACUCUUAGUGGAAGUCAAAACUCGAUCUUCAUUCGACUAUACCAAUCAGUUAUUUGUCAAUAAUAUGAAAAACAUUUAAUUACCAAUCCUGUACCUUCACGCCGUGACUCGUCUUCACUUACACACGCAUGAUGUAAAAAAAGAAGAAAAAAAAACUAAUCACAAAGUCAUGAUUCUUGACAAAUAAGAGUACACAGAUCUAGCUUUCUUUGAACUUGAGACACGUGGUGUGAUGGAUUUGCAAAUCUCGUAAAUUGUCGAUAUGUAUUGCUAUAGAUCUAACUAUGACGUGGAAACUAAGAAAUUCGAUUUAAAAAAAAUAAAAAUAAAAUCCCGGUUUUCAUAAAUCUAAUCCCGGUUUUUUCGAACAUCAAAUAUGGUCCGGUAUUCAGGUAUUUUCGAAUUUCGGGAUCCCGGAUUGCAACCCCUAGUUGUAACAUAUGCAAGUGACACUUGGACCCUAACAAAAAAGGGAAGAAAACCUAUUAAACACAUGGGAGAGGUAAGUUCUUAGGAAAAUAUAUGGAACAACAAAGGAUAAAUAUGGAUGGAGAAUGCGAACCAACCAUGAAUUGUACAGUCUAUAUCAGGAUCCCACGAUAGUAGCAGAAAUAAAAAGAGGCAGGCAACGCUUGGCAGGACACCUAGAGAGAAUGCCAAAUGACAGAGGAAUGAAGAGGAUGCAUCACCAAUACCCCAGAGGAAAAAGGCUCAAAGGCAGACCUAGGCUUAGGUGGGUGGAUGAUGUGGAAAAAGAUCUACAAAAGCUGAAAGUCCAAGCAUGGAAAAGGCAUUAGUUAGGUCUGAGUGGCAGGAAGUGGUGAGGCAGGCCAAAGCCCUACAUGGGCUGUAGCGCCACAGGGAUGGAUGGAUAGUCAUUCCAACUAAAUAGAAUCAGAAAAAGAAUAUAAUGUGGAGAAAUAUGCUUUUAUUUACAUCAGAAUUGCUGUUAUCCUUUAUUUACUGUCACUGCCAGUCAUUUGUGGAAUCUCCGUCUAAAGAUUACAACUGUAAAUGAAAGUGUAAAAAGUAAAAACGAGUUUUUGAUACUGUUUCUGUCUUUUCAACAGUGUAGUCAAAUUACCUGGUGGUUGGUUACUUUUUACUUGAUUUAUUUAUAUUUUUCCCUUUUAAAAUUAGUCAAACUUACAUGACAAGAGGAGGUCUGCUCCAUUAAUCUUUUAAAUUAGAUUUUUUUUUCAUAAGAGUUGGUCGUGCUUUCUUGUUCAGAUAAUCAGUAAUUGGCAGUUUCAUAACUCCACAAUUGUUAUUAAUAUUAAUGGAACAAAUAUAUUCUUAUAACUGGAUAUCAGUUUUAGUUACUACAGUAUGCAAUAAUAGGAACUCUUGUGCUUUUAAUGCAUAUAUUUAUAUUUUUAUAUUAUUGUUUAAAGCAGUCUAUUUUAAGUGGCUGAACAAUUGUUUCUAGCCAGAGAUUAGUUACAGCUUCUGAAUUGUACCUCUCAGGGAACCAUUGAAAAGACAUAUACAGCCCCAAAGUUGUUAUCUUUGGGACCUGACCUCUGACCUAUCAUUACCAGCUAUACUAGACAGGAGCUGCAAUAAAAGCUGUGAGGAUGAGGACGAAUUAUCAGCAUUCUAUCCUGAUAUAUUUACCAAAGCUCUAGAUGAUGAAGGCCUGCUCAAGUACAGGUAAAUGUAACAGUAAUAGUAAUGGUAUACUAAAUAUAACUAACAAUAUUAAUAACUAAUAAUUAAUAAAUAUCAAUAAAUAAUCUUUUUGACUCUUUGAUUUGCAAGACUUGAUAUGGAAGUUUUUGCUCAUUUACUACUAGCUAGGAUAGAAUAUUAAAUUUUUUAUGGCAAAUGAAAAAUAUUUCAUACUGAAAUACACAUUCAGUUUUUUUAUUUGUAUUUUUUAAACCAAACUCUUUUGUCAGUUAUUUUACAUUUCUUUUUAUUGAAAUUUGUCUUGAAAUUCCUAAAUUUAAGUAAAAAGACCAAAAUCUUAUUUCAGUAACCCUGUGACAAAGAUUCCUGUUCUGUCAGUAUGUUAUGGUUUUUUGAACUCUGAACUAUUGACUCUGAGCCUCUCCUACUUAGAUGAGAAAAAAUAUCGGGUGAGAAAUAUACAUGCUAUUUAUAAAUAGUUAAAAACAAGUUUUUAUUGAUUUUGAAAACAAUAUUCUGAGAACAAACAUAGAAAUUUAACACAAUAACUAUUUUUUUCAGUAAGUUCAGCUUAUUUGGGAAUUUUAUCACCAGAAAGUUUCUGCUCACUUAAAUUUAAUGUGACUUUCUCUAAAAUAGAAAUAAUUAAUUCUUUCAAUGUAAUAUCUGUCUGUGACAGCAAUGACUUUUUAUUGUCUAAAAAAGUUUAUACAAAUUUCUUUAAAAACAAAAGGGGGUGGCUGCGGAAACCUCAAACUUUGAUCAUCAACUCCCACCUCCGUCCAUUUCCUUGGAUGUAGCGUUUAACUUAAAUUUUCACAUUUAAUUUUUCAUGUGUGUGUAUAUAUAUAUAUUAUGAAUAUUCAUAUAUAAACUUUUUUUAAAAGAUUUGAUUUGAAAUGGAAAGAAAAGGAUUUUGUUUUUAAAAAUUAUGGUGAUACAGAAAGGGAAAGUGUUAAGACGAACGGACAUAAAAUGUUCUUAAACAAGGUGGAAAGUCUAAUGCCCCAUUCAUGGAGUGAAAUUUGAAAAUAAUUGAAACGAUAAGUGGCAUGGUUAGAAAUGACAAGAAAGAUAUACUUAUACAAAUUUAACAUGAUGAUGGCUUUCCUCCCAUGAGACCUUUAUGUGUCCUUGAUUUUGUGAUUUCUUCUUUGUAGGGAAAAAAAUGACAUUUUUAGCGUAAACACUGUCCAGAGUCCUUGAUGCCAUUUUAUUUACAUGUAUAUCUACAUAUAUUUAUAUUUUCAACCAGUGUGUGGGCGGUUGGUUUAUCACAUUGUAUGAUUAAUUUGCUUUUAACUUUUGGGUUUAUUGCAGUAGGAUAGUUGUUUUUAGAAUUGAUACUAUUGACUAUUGGGGUUUGUAUUUUUGCUCUAAUUAAUGUAUCUAGUAGUUUUUCUGUGUACACAUGUUUGUUAAAUUUAGCAUUUUGCCUACACUGCCAAAUAUGUUGUCUGUAUUGAGCCAACAAUGGCAGACUGAUUACGUGUUGGCAAGUGUUGGGUUUUGACAGUUGAUUUAGGGAUAGUGUUUAGUGUAAAGUAAUAAAUUUAUCUGUGUUUAUCGGGUGGGUUGUACCUGCUUUUAUGAUUAGUGUUAGGGUGGAUUUAUCUGUUAGCAUUCCAUAAAUAACUGUUGUUCUUUUUCCAUUAAGAUGAAUCCGCAGAGGGAACACCUUGGUCUUUGAAUUUUGUGACGUUCCAUUAUUCCUUAUGUUUGUGUCAUGUCGUAAAAGGGGCGGAAAGUUAUUUCCCUUUCCCUCGGUUCUAUUUUUUCAUGUGUAGGUUUUUAAAAGUGUCUCCUGUCUGUUUUGUGCUGAAUUGUUUCAACCACUUGAUCUUCUCUGAGUGAGAGGUUUUCCUUGUAUCUCUCAAGUGGCUGUAAAUAUCUAUGUUUUUUUUUUAUGUACCGGUACUACAGCUUUGUUAUGUUUGAUGGUGCGUGUUUGUUGACUUUGUACCGCGCUUCGAGUGAGCCUUUGGGGAUGAAGCGUGUUUUUGAAAUGAACUUUAUUAUUAUUAUUAUUAAUAGUAAAAAAGGGGUAAAUUUGCCCCCAGGUAGUGUGGUGUAUUGUUGUUGAUAGGUGGGAACAAAAAUAAAAAGCAGAGUUUCAUCCCUCUUAACUAUUGAUUUAAAUAAAUUUGCAUUUGUUCUCAUCAAAGUUUGGUUCCAAAGAAGUGGCAGCCAUGAAGUGGAAUAUAUUUAUUUAUAAAUUUAGUUCUUUGUCACCUUAAAUUUAGAAAUAGCUACUUCAUUAUUGUGAUUUUUUUAUUUUUUUUAUUAACAUCAAUAAAACCUUUUUUUGUGUUCAGUUUCUAAAUAUAGAUGUUUACUUUGUGGCAAAUAAUAGGAUUUCAGCUUCCUCCUGACCAACAUUGAAUUUAUUGCAUUGCUACUAUUACUAGUUAUGAUUAUGAAACACGUGUCAUCUCUAUCAUGAGCAAAACUAUUUCUCUUCUAAAUCCAUUGAAAAUCUGUACAAAAUCAUGUAUGGCCGUACUACUCAAAAAAACUUUUAAAACCCAUUCAAAGUAUGCUUGCUGCACACCGCAAAUAAAAAGGUGCAAAAAUAAACUAAAAACUGAAGUCAAUAUAUUACGAAUUACAGUGCAUUGCUCCAUAUUAACUGUCCUCACUGGACACAAAUCUGUUAUUUGCAGAGUUUGACAGCUUGUCAUCAAUGUCCAUUUGUAGUAACACAGUUUAUUUAUGUUCCCGUGCCAUACCUACAUUUAGUUUGUGCUUUCCUCCUCUUAGAGGCAUUUUGCAAGGCACACAUGGCAUUAUCACUUAUGUGCCAUGCAUAGGUUGCAAAGCUCUGAAUUAAAUCAAUAUAAUAUAUAUUAUAUAUUAGAUUUAAGACAAAUUGAUUGAAAAUCUAUCAAACAAAUCAUGAAAAUCAGUGCUGUCCCACCUUUUUACUCAGUGAGCCAAAAAUGAUUCACUUUAUUAAUGCUUUCCACCUGAUAUAUAGGGGGCCUAUCCAAAAGCUUUAUCAACUCAUCAAGAAUUUAAAUGAAGUUAAAGUUAAAGUGAAUAAAACUGUAUCACUCCUUUAAUUUUAAUGAGAUAUUUUGCUUCGAAAUGUACUUAUAAUUUUCUUAAUUUGAUGUAUUUUUCUGUAGCAUCUGCCUUCUUCGAUUUGCUAAAUGUUAAAAAAGUGGUAGUUCCCCUUACCACUGAAAAUCUCUGCAGUUGACCGAAGAUGUAGUUGUUUGUGACACCUUUAAUACCCAAGUUCACAUCUCGAUUACUCUGACCUGAAAGACCUUCAUUUUCUGCAAUUUUAUCAUGCUAUAAAGAGUGCAGUCCUUUAACUUACGAUGCUCACCUGUCUAGCUCCUCUAAACCAGUCUUGUUGGCGUGUGCAUGGACAACACAUCAAGUUAUUUUUGUUUUCCCCAAUUCAUCUUUCCCAACGCCAGUAGUAAUUCUACCUAUUGCCCCAUGACACCUCCCCUGUACAAGCAGGAGAAAGAGGUAGAAUUUAGUAUCCAAUUUCAUGUCAACCCAUGGUUGCUCUGUUGGUGUCUUUAACAAAGUAUAAGCUUCUAUUGUUACAUUUAAUAAAAAAAAUACAUGGCUUACUUAAACGUAAAUUAGUUGGUUUUUUUUUCAGGAGAGCUUCCAGCACCUGGAUGAAGAGAAGAGAGAAAGCUACACCAGCCUUUUUUCUAAUCAGUAUUCUAUCCAGCCUUUGGUGGAUGGCUUGCCAGAAUCUGUCUGGCUUGAAUGUGUGGAACCAACUUUGGCCAUUCUAAAAGCACUAAAUGCACUUAAAAGACGCAAAUCUAAUUUAAGUGUUAGGAAAUCUACAAUGCUAACAGUUGACAGGUACUGGUAAACCUUUAUCUUUGUACAAUUUUUUUUCAGCUCUAUAGGAAAUGGAUUUUUUAAUUUAUGGGGGAGUUUACCUCACAAAGUGAACAAGCAAUUAUUUGGAUAAUGCAGCUUUUAUCCCCCACAAACUUUUGUCUGAAUUAAAGAGCUUGAUUAAAUCUGGUGGUAUUUAUGAUUUUUAUAACCUGAAUAAAUUCUGCUUAUUUUAUCUUCCUAGACAUCUAUUCCAUAAGUCAUAAGUGACACAAGUUCUAAAUUGUAAACCUAAAUUUAUUUUCAGUAAUGCAGCAUGCCAUGGUGACUUUGAAUCAGCACCUCUUAUUUUUAACCCAUUUAUACAUGGACACCAGCUCAGACUUAUGAGAGUUCAAUUUUUGGCAUUGGAAGGUGUGUUCAAUGCACAAUAUGGGAAUAAUCAGGUAUUUGUAGAAUUGGACAAAAAACGAUGGAAUAUUGGUAAAUAAAGGAGGUUUUAGUUUGAAAAGGCACAAGCGAAUUUUCUUCAGGUGCCAAAAUUUGGGGAAUAAGAACACAGCUCUCAUUGAGAGCUUUUGGGCUGAAGUCCUCUAAACAUUUUAUGUCUAAAACUUGUGCUCUUGUUUUAGAGUUCCUCACCAUAAGUUUAUAUUUUUCGUUUAGCAAUUUGAUUUUAUUAAAUAUAUCAAAUUAAAUCAAAUCUGUUUUUUUUUCAGUUUUUUGUGGGACAUUUGAUUAAAGCAAAACAAGUAAAUUAUAGAUGGCAUCAUAUUAUUAGGUACCAGUAGCCCAACUGUUUCAGGAGGAUUCAAUUUAAAUUGAUGUCUAAAUUAUUUUAAUCUCUUGGUUUUGGUUAUAGGGGAGGGGGCGAUUCUUACACAGUACCAUCUUUUGUUGGCCUUGCAACAAGAGUUGGGCUGCAUUCCAUACAAUUAAAUGUGAUUGGCUUGGUACAAGUAUGGACACCACAUGGCAGGAUUCUAGUAAAGUUACUUUUUUUCAGCUAAAAAAGUUAAUAUUCACUGAAACAUUUCUCCCUAUUGAAGCAGAAAAGCCUGAUUGGUAUCAAUGAAUAUUUUUGUAUACUGUACAUGAUACUUAAUGAUAGUCUAAUGAAUGAGAUCUUUAAAAAAAAUUUAAAAUCUUGAAAUCAAAUAGUGAUAGAUAAAAAAUACAUUAUUACAUUUCAAUAAACAAAACUAUGGAUUAAAAAUCCUAACUAAAAUUGAUUUUAUUACUACCAGGUGCUACUGCAUUAGUGGGGGAAAUUUAAAAAAAAAAUCAUUAGAAGUUGACUGCAGCAAGUUUAAUUAGUCUAGUCUUGAUCAGAAGCAAGAUCAAAAGUCCAUCAAGUUUGAUGAUUGAUUGCUAUGUUCUUUUGUACGAAAGAAUUAAGACUCUGAAUAUCCUAUUUCAGGAUAAUCCAGGAGAUAACAGAGAAGGAGGGAAUCCCAUUCGAACAGUCUCUAACCAGAGGAGAAGGGCAAGGCAACACAGGCCCUAUAACAUCCAUCAAAACUUUUUAAAUAGCAAUUUUAGAGACAGGCUGAGACAAGCAAAUGGUAGCAACUUAAGAGGAAUUGAAUUCUAAAACUUUUCAAACUUGUUUAAAUGUAAAACAGCUUGGUCAGCACAUAGGGUUGAUGUGGAUUUAUUAUGAGUCAAGCUUCUUAUAUCACAUGCCUCCCUUAAUAUUCAAAGAAGUUGCAAAAUUAUGAACUCAAUAAUAAUGUAAAUGAAAUGUAACAAAUAAAGUAAGUUUUAUAUCAUUUAUUCAUACUGCUGAAAACAUUAAAGCUAUUAACGAUAUACACUGAAAGUGCUUCUAACAAUACACAAACUGACAGCUUACAUAUAAUAUAUAAAAUUUCUAAUACCGGUACUCUGUAUAUUAAUUCAUCUGAAAAUAGAAAUAAAAUUGCAAAACUAGCUUUCCUUUGUCAUUUUGUUUAUUGAAUCAAUAUACCGGUAAUGAAAAACAUUUUCAAACUUACACAAAAUUACUUAGUCUUAGUGACUACAUCAGAGGUUGUGGUGAUUGAGGAUACAAGGUGAGAGAGUAGUAAAAGAUGUUAAGAUACUGCUUCACAUGUAGGGAAAAGACAUGCUUUAGUCAUUUGGUUACUUCAAUAUUACAUAGAUAAAAAAUUAUAUGUGCCGAGGAAAUUUAAAAUUGUGUUUAUUUGACUAACAAAAAAAUUGAAGAGGUUUAAUGUAUAACUUAUACUUUAAUGUAUAACUUAUACUAUAAGUAAGCAUAAUGUAAGUGUAAGUAUUUUUUUGUAAGACUAAAGACUAACAAUGUCAACAAAGUUUUUAAAGACUCCAAUAAUAAAAUCUGACAAUCAGUGGCUACAAAAAACUAAUGCAGAGACAAAAACAAUAUAUGUAUUGGUAUAUGUAAACAGAAAUCCUCAAGGCAACUUGCAUUAAUACCACCCAUGAUAGAGUUGCCAACUCUCUGUAAACUUACUGGUCAGUGACUAAAUAGCUGUCUGUAAAAAGUCUGUACAAAUACAAGUCUGUCCAUAAAAAUGAGAAGGAGUUUGUGGAAGCAGACACAAUGCACUUUUAAUCAAGUUAUGGAUAUGACUGGAUGCACUGCAGUGAAUAGCAUUAGCACUCCACUCACUCCACUAUAAAAUCCUGACGUAAAAUCCUGUUUCUUGUUUUUCAUGGAGUUUACUCAAUUCAACUAAUGUCUCAAUCAAAUUUUCCAAUUUGAAAACUGAGAUGGGAUAUUACAUAGGUCCACAGGAAAUUUUAUCAACCGAAGAGCUUAAAAGUUCUGAUCACUUUAAAGGUGCAAACUUUGAAACAAAUGAUAAUAUAUUCAUGGGUUUAAUGGUUAUCAAACUCAACUGCAGGUACAGCUGCAAAAGUAUAUGAACCAAAACUGGUUGGGCUUUUCCCACAAAUUGUAAUUCCAGCAUGGACUGUUGAUCACCAAGUUGCUGCUCUAAUUAAUGUUUGAGCCUAUGGAAGUUAUGAUUUUUUGGCAUCAAAUUCAACAUGGCACAAAGAGCACAGUUUUAAGAGAUUUCCAAAAUGUGCACAAUCAGUGGUCUUACUCUUACCACAAAAAACGGUGAAGUGAAACAUAUUUUCUCUGCUGUUAGUUUAUUUAAAAAGGUUUACUGACAAGAAUAGACCAGGAGAAAUUAAUAUGACAAUGGUCCACAAAGUGUAAGUUUCUAUGCAUGAUCAUAAGGAGGAGAAAUUAAAGAAUUAAAAGAUAUAAUAUUUUUGUUGAUUUUCAGCCUUAAUAAUCCUUGAGCUUUUUGUUGUUCCUUCAAAUUAGUCUGUAGCAAAUUUAGCCGCCUUUUGUGCUCAAGAUAUCAGGGUUCAGAGACAUAAAAGAAUCGACUUAACCGAGGAGAAAAUGCUAAGACAAAGAGAGAAUUUGGCGGUUCCACUUCAAAAGCGUCGACAUAACAGGGUUGUAGAGUUAACCGAGUUCGAUUGUAAUCAGUGGAUACCAAAAUGAAUGGAAACUUAAGAUGCUAAAAUGGCAGAGAUCAUUAAACAAAAGCUAUAGUGCAACAUGACAGAGGUUACCAUUUAAUUUGAGUGAUCAUUUUAAGAGUAGCCUGACCUGAGAAUUCUUAAUGGUUGAGAAAUGUUUACAAACUGAAAUGCUUUUCCAACUCAUGCUGUUUAACUCAAACGUUCAAAGAUAUUCUAACACAAAAUGUGUGAUUAAAGUCAUUGUCAUCUUAACCCCCAUCUCAUACUCAUAAAGAGCAUAAAAUUAUAGAAAUAUUAUAAUAUACAUUUUCUGUUU